GUAUGUCAUGUCAUUAUCCAAGCUGCUUAUCCUCACAAGUCUUGCAGGAAAGCUGGAGCCUGUCCCAGCUAGCUUUGGGCGAAAGGCUUACUGCAACAGGAGCUGGUCGCCUGUCAGUUGCAGGGAAAAUAUUGACACCAUCACUGAGCGGGAAUCGAUACCACGCUGCCUGUACCAAAGGCAGGUGUGUGUACCACCACGCCAUCAGUGACAGAUGGAAGUAUAAACGGCAGAUAAGGCUUUAAUGCAAAGGAGUUUUGCAACGCACCAUAUGCAUGUGUAGACAUGAUGGAGGACUUUAGGAGCGUAUUUUCCCUGGAAAAAAAAAAAAAAAAAAGUUAAACAAGAUUCCUGUGGAUGUUCAAUUUCUGCGGUUCCGUUGCGUUGAAUCAAUAUGAUAAAAAAAUGUGAGGGAGCAUGGUGAAUAAGUGGGGAGCACAUUUGUCUCAAAGUUGAAAGGUUCCAAUCUCACCGCACACUUUGCGGUGUGCAAUUGGCAUCUUCUCCAUAUGUAUUCUUGACAAACAAUAAUCCCCCCCCCAAAAAAAUCACAGAAUGCUUUAUAAAUUUAAAAACAAAAAUAAGCAAGGAAGCGCAAUAGAAAAUGGUUGACCAAAAUAUCUGAAAAUCAAACGUAUUUUUCAAUUUUCUGUUAAUAUGUAUUUUUUGUAUGGGGGGGGGACACACAAGGAAGUAUCGGUUUCAUUAUUAUGACUUCCUUGCAAAAGAAUACGUGACCAAUAAAGGAACCGUUUUUUUUUUUUUUUUUUAGUAUGGUGAUGUAUCUUAGCAACCGACAUUAACAACAACAAAAAAAAAAAAGAUGGACGUCAAAAUAACGACCGAGCGAGAGAAAGAAGCCGCCGCUUACCUGGAAAAACACAAAAUCUUUGACCUGAUGAGAAACCUCACCAGCAUGCUCUUCUUUUACAGACCCGAUGACCCGAAAGAGUUCCUCAUUGAAAAACUGGAACAGUUAAAACAAGCUCGAGAUCAGGGCCAAAAAGCGCCCAGUCUGCUCAGCCAUUCCAAUCUGGACGCAGCUUUUGGAAUAGUGGACCCAGCCAAUGAAAGAUAUGUCACAUUUGCACAAUACAAACAGGCUCUUAUCUCAUUGGGCAUGAAAGACAUCAACGAGUGUCCUGAUGGUGUAAACGAUGACAAAAUAACCUAUGAUACUUUCAUAACAGAAGGGAUGCUAAGCCUGGAGAAAUGCUCAGCGACAUACAAACAGCCUUAAAACUGAAUGUUUACUUAUACUAUGUCCAAUAUAGUUUAAGUGCAACUUAUUUUCAUCUAAAGUAGGUGUGUUGGAGCGAUGUGCUUUGAAAAUGUAGUUACCACUUUGUAUUUUUAUGAACUUUUGCAAUGGGGGUUCCAUUUUCUGAUUUAUUAUAUAUUUCUGUAAUUGCGGUAUGAAUCAGCACUCAUGAAAAUAAAUUUAGGAUUUUA